AACCCUACGGCAAAAAAUCUAAAACCCCAAACACAAAAAACGGUGCAAGCAUAGGGCUGAGACUCAGAGCUCAACUUCAUCUUCUUUGUCGGAAAAUGGCGUCAUCUCCGAUAACAAUGAUGAAGAUGAAGUUAAACAACUGCUCACCGCCGUCAACCGCCGCCGCAGCUCGGUUUUUACCACUUCUUGGGCCCCACCAAAUUCGCUUCCGUUCCUCUCUGGCUCUCUUUCACAACCCAUCUUUUCCCAGAACCAUCAUCACUCGUUCAACGUUUUCCUCUUCCUCCAUCAUCACUGCUGCAAUGGCUAGUGAGGCAUCGGUAAAAGUGAUUGAUGGGAAAAAAGUUGCAAAAGAUGUCAGAGAUGAAAUAAAUGCCGAAAUAACUAGGAUGAAAGAUUCGAUUGGUGUUGUUCCUGGCCUGGCAGUUAUACUUGUUGGGGAUAGGAAAGAUUCUGCAACUUAUGUUCGCAACAAGAAAAAAGCUUGUGAAACUGCUGGGAUCAAAUCCUAUGAAGUGUGUUUGCCUGAGAACUCAACAGAAGAAGAAGUUCUCAAGUAUAUUUCAGACUUCAAUGAUGAUCCUAUGGUUCAUGGAAUUCUUGUUCAGCUACCAUUACCUUCGCAUAUGGAUGAGGAGAAAAUCCUACAUGCUGUUUGCAUUGAGAAGGAUGUAGAUGGAUUCCACCCACUAAAUAUUGGCCAGCUUGCGAUGCGAGGUAGAGAGCCCUUAUUUGUCCCCUGUACACCCAAAGGAUGCAUUGAGCUUCUUCAUCGGUACAAUGUGGAAAUCAAGGGGAAAAAAGCGGUUGUCAUUGGCAGGAGCAAUAUAGUUGGAAUGCCUGCUGCCUUGCUGCUGCAGAGGGAAGAUGCCACCGUCAGCAUUGUUCAUUCCAGAACCAAGAACCCAGAGGAGAUCACAAGACAAGCAGAUAUCAUAAUAGCAGCUGUAGGGAAACCAAACAUGGUUAGAGGUAGCUGGAUCAAGCCUGGGGCAGUAAUUAUUGAUGUUGGGAUUAAUCCUGUGGAGGAUGCUACAAAUCCUCGAGGCUAUCGAUUAGUUGGAGAUGUUUGUUAUGAGGAGGCCAUCAAGGUUGCUUCAGCUAUUACUCCUGUUCCUGGAGGAGUUGGGCCCAUGACUAUAGCAAUGCUUCUCUCCAAUACUUUGUUAUCAGCAAAGCGAAUUAACAACUUCAAGUGAGAUUUUGAAGUUCAGUAGUCUAACCAGGUGGGCCAUAUUGUUGAGCUUCUCAGCUGUUUUUCCUGUCUCUUAGUCGGCAUGUAUCUGCCUUUAUGAGCUUGUAGUGUGAAAACUAACUUUAAGGAACAAAGGAUCUAAACGAUCUUCAACUCGAGGGACAAUGAUAAGCUACCUAAGAGGUGCAGUCAAAGCUGGAUACCAUGACAUACUUUAUAGAGUUUGGUAGGGAAUAAGGUCUGAUGGCGGAAAUCAAGUCUUAGGUGAAACAAGUUCGCCCACUAUGGUUUGAUUGCACAUUUUAAUCCCUUUUUUCCUUUCGGAUUGUUGUCUUCAGUUGUUGAGUGGUCUGACUGAAGCUCUUGUACUCAGAACAAUUGUAUAUGUGCUAUUAGCUGUAUGGUUUGUCCAACAUAUAUGCAGAUUCAUAUCAUUUGAGUAA